AUGACAACUAACGGCGCGUCUGAUGCCGACGAGAAAGUGACUGAAAACGUCAAGGAUGGUGUAAUUGACUUGGAGGAGCAACCGGGAGCUGACGUGGACGGAAAGGCUGACGUGGACAAUGUGGAUAAGGGCGAUGAAUUUGACCUAGAUGGUGAACCUGAGGAUGUGGACGGAUCGUCGGGAAGAGCGGAGAACGCGAGUGUGCCGGGAACAACGGCGGAGGAUGCGGAUCAAGAGAUGGUAAAUGUCGACACCGACGGUCCUGACCCUCAGAUUCCAGGGUACGCCAUUCGUUACGAAAACGUUCGCCGGUCUUUCGCGGACCUGCAAGCGAAAUCGGCGAUGCUCGCGAGCUGCAUCGCGCAGUGGAAAGAGCUGGACGAGUUUUUCGCCGCGAGCGAGGAAAGGCUCCGAAAGCGGGAGCAGGACGUGAGCGAGAGAGAGCGAGCCCUAGAGGAGAAGACGCGGACCGUUACAAAGCAACUCGAUAAGCGAGAGAGUGCGAUCGCGUCUCGCGAAUCUGCGUCGAUGCAGCGAGUGCAGGAGCAGCGAGAUGCAGCUUUCGCUGCUCUUGCGGAGGAGAGGAAGAAAUGGAUGGAGGAGAAGGAGAAGAGCCGUGAGAAGGACAAGGCGGCGAGCGGGAAGGGUAAGGAAGGGAGCGACAAGGCGAGGCGCGAGAGCGAGAGGAAGGAGAGCAGCGACAAGGCUGAGAAGGAUAAGAAGGAGAAGGAGAACGAGAGGGAGAAGGAGAAGGAGAAACUAACGGAAGAGAAGAAAAAGGAGGAGGAGAAGGAGAAGGAGGCGGGCAAGAUUAAGGAAGAGGCUCGAUCUGAAGGGGACAAGGAAAAGGACAAGGCUUCGGCCUCAGCCCGUGCUGCGCGCGCGGCCAGUGAAGACAAGUCGUCUGGAAAGCAAGCUGGCACCGAGGCUCCUGCUAGCGAGCCCGCCAGUAACGGAGUGGCUACAGCCGCCAAUACAGCCGAGCGCGCUACGGCUACCCCUAAGGACGCCAAGUCCGACAAGACCCCGCGAUCCGGAGACGAGUCGGGGGAGGCGGCGGUGCGCGUGAGCGCGGAGCUGCGCGGGCUGUGCGCGGGGAUGGACGCGGAGGGGCUGAAGCGCUACGUGAUGCAGAACCGGCGCGACAUUAGCCGCGUGCGCACGGAGCUUCCGCACGCGCUCCCCCUCGCGCUCGACCCCUGCCGCCUGGUCCUCUCCUGCCUGGACUCCUACAAACCCAAGGCCGUCGAAGCGCCGGCGGCCGGCAAGGAUAAGCGGCGCGAGCCCGUCGAGCCCAGCCACGUGCGCGCCGUUUCCCUCCUCGUGGAAACCCUAGGCCAGGUUUUGGCCAAGCAGGCCAAGGCGGAGGGGGUUUCCGUCCCCGUUAUUGCGCCCUCGAUACAGGAGAAGGCGCGGGGGAUUUUGGACGGGUGGGUGAGGAGCGGGGGACCGCUGAGCAAGGCGGAGGAAGCUUCGUCGCUGGACGCGUGGCUGGUGCUGCAGGUGGCGGCGGUUUUUGGCGUGGCGCGGCAGGUGGACGAAGACGCGCUGCUAGGGUUUGUGGCGUCGUCCGCGCGGCGCAAGCAGACGGCGGACAUGGUGAAGGCCAUGGGGAUCGUGGACAAGAUGCCAGUCGUGGUUGAGCGGCUGGUGAAGGAGGGGCGUGAGGUGGACGCCAUCUACCUGGCGCAUGGCGUUGACCUGCUUGACUCUGUUGACCCCGUUGACCUGCUCAAGCGCAACCUGCGGGAAAUCCGCACGCUCGUCUCCGCCAUGACCAAGAAAGACAAGUCGCUGCAGGCUGAGAACGAGGCGACAUCACGUGAAAUCAGCAUGGUGCGAGCCCUAAUCCGCUGCGUCGACGACUGCAAUCUCAAGACUCUUUUUUCAACGGACCACCUCACCAAGCGCAUCGAGCAGCUCGAGAAGAACCGCCAGCUCCGCAAGCAGCAGGCGCAGGUCGCCAAGCGCGCCGCGCACGAGACACGCGUGCAGCAGGCCAUGGCGGCGAAGCGGCAGCGCCUUGCUACCGGCCCUGUGGGAGGCUUUGGUGGUGGCGGUGGUGGUGGUGUCACGGCCUCCGGCUCGAACGCUGUCACUGUGGCGAAUCUGCGGGCGGCGGCGGCCGCUCGGGCUGUGGGCGGCGCGAGGGGUGGUGGUGCGAGGGGCAGCGGCGGCGGCAGCGAUGGUGGGUUCAGCAGUGGGGGUGGUGGGGGGUAUCUUGGUGGUAGUGGUGGGGGAGGAGGCAGUGGUGGUGGUGGUGGGGCGAGGGGUGGUGGAGUGUCUUCAUCUCCCCGCUCAUACGGCCGGUCUCGGCCCGGAGCAGCAUCACCGGGACGAGCAGGCGCAGGAGGCGGAGGAGGAGGAGGUGGUGGGGGGGGGGGAGGAGGAAGCGGCAGAUACGACCCGCCUCCUCCUAGGUACAGUGGGGGAGGGGGCGGAUACGCAGGCAGGCAGGAUCAAGUGCAGGUGCAGGUGCAGGGGCAGGGGCAAGCAGCGUAUUCACUUGGAGGGGCAGGUAUGGCUGGGGGAGGUGCCAUCUAUGCGACAGCUAGUGGGGGCCCAGGCAGCCUGGGGCAGGAGGUGGUAUAUGGAGUGGGAACCAUGGGGUCAGCGCUUACCUCACCAGGCGCGGGGGCAGGGUUAGGGGGAGGGCUGUAUGCUGCAGGGGGGGUGGGAGGCUUGGGGAGUGGUUUGGGGGGGACGGUGACGUAUUUGACUGAUGCAGGGGCUGGGCCGCAGCUGCUGGUGCAGAGAGGGAUGUAUGGGGGAGAGGUGGGGGCUGCGGGGACGACGGUGUAUUAUGCGGUGCAGGGGGAUCAGGGGCAGGGGGGUGGGGGAGUGGGAGGUGGGGUGGGGGGAGCGCAGGUCAGUGCAGGACAAGCGACGUAUGAUUAUCAGACUGGGUCGUAUGUUGGAGGGGGUUAUCAGGGGGGUUAUGGUAGGUGA